UAACGUUACACCGGUCAACUAGACCUGAACAAUGGUGGUCAUGCGUGGACGGCCGUAGAUCUACACAGCUGAAGUUUGUGUGAAAAUGAAGACUGUUGGGUAGAUGUAUACUACCGGUUGCCUGGAGUUUGUGGUGCCACGAUGGGCUGAAAGUCACUGUGCGUCUGAGGUCUUUACAGUCCACUAGGUUGAUCAGUCACGUCGUGGAACACCCAGUUGUUUGGCUGAUUGAGAAUCAUGAAGCUAUCCUGUCGACCAUCAAGUCUUCCGCUUUCUGGAUGUAUUCUUGUUGCGAGUGCUCUAUUGAUAUGGGGUCAACCACGACCUUCCCGGUCCACCUCGCCACGACCUUCCACUAAUGUGAUAAACCGCACUAUGGUGAUCUACGUAGGCAGUUACAACGAUCCAUCGCCUGGCAAUCGGUCAUCGCCUACAAAUCCUCCAAGGCACUGUGGAAUCGUCCGAACAAAUCCCUGUCGGUCGGUGCAACACGCCGUUCAGCGUGUGCACAAAUCUAGACACAACGGCUCGGUGGUAUUCCACCUCCUUCCAGACGAGGAGCGAAGAUGUCGCGUCGAAACUGGUGUUGGCACGAUUGACCUCAUGUUCCCCAAGCAGCGCAUCACCAGUGCCGCGUUUGUGUACGAUGAAUGGCCGUGUCCCAAAGCCGUGUUGGACGCCAAUUUCGACUCGUCUCUGGAGGAGCUUUUUCGUGUCGGCGUUGACGUCACCUUCUCAGGAGUAGACUUUACCACUAGCAUUACAUGCGAUAAUGAAUCCUUAUCUGCCGCGAUCUUUCAUAUCGAGCAGGGUCAUCUUCUGGUGCAAAGGUCAAAUGUUUUCUUGCACCCGUGCGUGUCGCUGUUUGUGAGAAGAAGCAAGGAGAGAAAAGGAGCUUUUCGGCACAAAAUGUCAUCAUCCCCAUUUAGCGUACUCUUGAAAGCUAGUAGAGUGCUGUUGGGUGCGUCGCCUUAUGCUGACUUAUCUCCAUCGUGCAAUGCGCACUGUGUUACGGCCAAUGUUGUCGACAUCGAGACGUUCGAAGCCCAGUUUCAGGUACGCUUUCUUAGAACUGUAUUCAUGGAUACCCGGAAUGUUCGGCCGGUGGGAAACAACGCCAUAAUCCAAGUGAACACCGUAUCCAAACAGCACAGCCUAAGUGAGAACAUAACCGAACAAGACACCAUUCCUCACCAGCUGGUGGAGGUAUCGCUUUGUGCGUUUCGUUCCAUUUGCCACCGAGAUGUAGUUCGCAUCAUCACCACGCAAGGCUACUUCUCCCCCGUUCCUGCUCGGAAGAUCUUUUCGGACGACAUCUUGUCCUCGCAGCAGCAGGGCUUGUUUACGCCGCAAGACCGAAGCGGAACAAGUGCCAUCACUGUUCGUGUGAAGAUAUGGCGAACAAAGUUCCUGGACUGGGAUUGUGCUGGCGCUACGCAGUAUGAUGUCGACGCCAGCGAAAAGCCUCAUUUCCUGAGUCUAGUGUGCCACUUCUCUCCUCUUUUCAGCACCAGAGUGUGUCGGAACACUCUGGCUGAGGUGUCCAACUGCGAGUUUCACAACGCACAGGAGACUGACAGGCAAAUGAUAGUCGCUCAGGGAUUUCAGCUGAACUUCACGGGCGCGAACAAGUUCAGAGGACUUCUGUCAAUGCCUCUCCGGGUGAACAACAGUGCAAUUCGCAUCUCCGGAAGGUUUGAUACCGACUACAUAUCACGCUUCAUCAAUGUUGACAUUGAAGGCAGUACAGUGCGCAUAGAUCGGAUAUCUGAUAUUGUAUUUGCUGUCAUGACAGCAGGCUUGGAUAGCAAUCACAAUAACAUGGACUAUGCCCUGUCCAUAUUCGGACAGUAUGAGUUUGACGAUGAUUAUCGGCCUCUGGGAGAAAUCGGAACAAUGAAUUUCAAAGCUAGCGCUUGCAUCCGCGCAGUCACACCGGCGUACAUCUUCUCCCCGGAUCACAACUACACCGACCCGCCAUUUCCACCACCUAUAUGUCAGCUGUACAUGAGCGGAUUGCCGCACGACAGCUUCCUUCAGAACGACACCGCGUCCUCACCAGUAGCCUCUGCAGGAGGCCAAGGCUCACAGUUGACAUGGUACGAGGACAUACGCGUCACGUCGAAGCAUGUUCUCUGUUCAAGCAGUGCGACUAGACCGACGUUCAACUUCCUAGUAGUGGAUGGUAAGGACGUGUUCCGCUAUCUGGGAGGCGGUAAGGCAUCGUGGCUACUUUUGGAGAUGGCAUCCUCACAGGCCAUCAAGAUACUGCCCCGAGAACUGAUGAUCUUCACUCGAGGAUUCUGGUCACAUGAUAUAUGGAAUGCUGUAGCGGACACACGAUUAUUGGGCCGAGUACAACUCUCCUCAAUACUUCCCAGUAAUGAGUCAGUGCUGAAUUUCCUCAAGCAGCGUUCCCAAUCGGCCACGAAUGUCAUACCAGGCCCGGCCACACUGUUUUCACCAUGGGCACAUGUAUCUGGCUACUCCUGGUCGCAUGGACUUCAUUUGCCCGACCUUCACGUUGAGCCUGCAUGCAAAAUGCCCGCGUUUGGAGACCUGCUGCUAUACCCGGCUCCAGGUGAAGUCAUGACGUUUUCGCUGGACAUGCUAGAUGAUCUGCUGUCAAGUAUGGCUGCUACAAUAUGGGUGGAGAUAAGGGGAGCAUCAAAAGCACAGUUGCUGACUGACAAGGGUUUGGCCAUCACUGACAGCUUCAUGGAGGUGACGAGACCCAAACCCUUUCUCAGCACUGCAUUCAUACAUGGUCUGGCUAUUGCCGGCCAUCCGGGGACCACUGGUGUCCUGCAGUUCACUGUCCGUGAUGGCGGAGUUGUCAGCACACAUCACAAGCCAUUGUUGUCACUGGACGUUCCCUUUCUCUUAAGACAGUGCUAUCCAGGAUUUCAGAAAAUGAAGAAAUGCACGGGAAAAGAUGAAUGUAAGGAUGUCAACAAGGCAGCAACGAAGGUAUGUGAGUGCAGCAGCCAGCCUGGCAUAGCCAAAUGCCAUGAUGAUCACGCAGUGACCAUUAAGGAGGGAUACUGGGCCGGUUUUCUGGGCUUCCAGCCGCACACAGAGCACAAGGCCAACAGGAACCUGCUGAUUUCGCUGUCCAGCACGACCAACAACAGCAUCGACAGCCUGCUAACCGCUGCCGGCGCGGGGCACGAUGGCGACUCGGCUACGUUUGUUGUGGUGCCAUGCAGGAAUACACUGUGUGUGCGCCGAGCAUGGAGAUACGGCAUUGACAAUGCAUGCACUGCUCAUUCAGCUGGGCCACUCUGCAGCAAAUGUGAAGACGGUUGGUCGUUGAAGGUAGCACAGAUGGAAUGCGUGGACUGCAGGAACUCAACAAAAAUUUCUCUAUCUGUGUACGUACCAUCUGUGGCUGGACUGACCCUGCUGAGCGCUUUCCUUCUUUUCUACUUCAACAUUGGCCUGAAUCCUCUCCUUGACAGCUGUUUGUUUUUCCUGCAGGCGUAUUCACAGCUGGGGGAAAAGACCACAAUCUUUCCGACUUUGCUGACAUUCGGACUGGGCCACAUCUGCUUGAAGGAGAACUUGAAGCACCUACAAAUCGAGGCUCUGCUGCUUGUACAGCCACUGACCAUGCUUCUUGUCUUUGUUGUCAUUCGAUUGCUACGCUCCUACAAGCAGACGGCAGCAGUCCUGCAGCGACAGCAGCACCAUCUGAUGUUGGUCCAUGUCAUGUGGUUCGUGUUUGUGUAUAGCUACUUCAUGCUUGUGUAUGUCAGCAUCUCCUUCCUCUGGUUUGUCUCCCUGGAUGGACAGCUCGUGUUGCAGCUGGAUAGUUCGGUUACAUACUUUGGUGCUGAGCAUGCACCCUACGCUGCCACCUCCAUUCUGAUAGUCAUACUGCUGGUGAUACCCAUACCGGUCAUUCUUGCACUGCCCUGCGCCCGCUCCGUCAGCAUGCUCAGAGGCUUCAUCGACGAGGCGUUCAGUCUGUACCGACACGAUCGCUGGUACUGGGCCGCUUUCAAUCUGCUGCGUCGCGUCGUACUGGUCUGCCUGGUGGAGUUCACUCAUUCCCAACCACUUCUCUUCACCAUAGUGACCGUGUGCUUCUUCUGGCUGCAGCUGCUGGCACAUGCCCUAGCAUGGCCACUACGACCCGGAACUGUUAUGAGACUGUCGUACAACACCUGGGAGUGCUUGCUGUCUCUCCUACUCUGUCUCAUAUGCACCGUGCAGUUUCUCUUCACUGCAUUCGGCCACGACAAGACGGUGCUGGACAGAGUAGAGCUGAUCCUGGUUAUUAUACCACUGAUCCUGCUGCUACCGUCAUCUCUAUUCCAGAAGUGCAAGUCGGAGGACGGUAUGGGCGGCCGGUUACGCCGCAGUGGCCUGCACCAGUGGUGGGUGCGGCAGAGAGAUGAGCAGCGACGUGCUGCGGGAAGGGACCGCCCGUUGACAAUGCUAAACGAGAGAGGCCUGGCCGGUAUGGCUGGCGGCCUCAGGGAAUCGCUCAUUGAAGAUCAGAUCCGCGAGCAGCAGGAGCAGCAGAGAUCUCUCUUUUAGCUCCCAGUGAACCAAUAAUUAUGGCAAAGCACAAGAAAGUCAACAAAUAUUGUGGUGGCUUGCAUUAUGUGGUGGCAUUCUACAACCUUCGACUUCUUUCCCCUCUUGCACUACCGGUAGUUUGACAUGGGAAAUAUGGACACUUCUUUCUCCUGGUGUGCAAUCCACUUUAUCUCGGCAAUUGACCGCCUUCAAUUCAAUAUUGCCCGGUUAUUACAUACAUGCAUGAACAUUGUACUUCAGGAUGUAGGUCAGUGGCACUCUGAUAGCCGCUGACUACUUUCUAUCUCUGUACAGUGUGCUGCAGUCCCUUGUUAUCUCCACGCCCGCUUUAUGAGAACACCUGUAUUAUGUUACUGUAACAUUCCAGCACUGUCUUUUAUCGUUUUUGAUCGCCUUUCUUUGAGGUGAGAGUCAGUGCAUACUCGCAUGCACUGCUCGCCAUUGUACUGACCAAAUUGCAAUGUGUAUAGUACCUCAUAGGUACCACACUGCAUGCUUCUUUAUAUGUGAAACAAUAAUUACCGAACAUUGUGUG